AUGAACUCGAAACUCAUAUUCAUGUAUACCAACGCGCAAAGUGUACUUUCUAAACUGGACGAACUCCGUAUCCAUACCUACGACCUCCAUCCAGAUGUUAUCUCAAUAACAGAAACAUGGUUGUCCGAACAGGUUGAUGAUAGCGAGCUCAUGCUCCCUGGAUUUCAACUGUUCCGCCGAGACAGAGAAAAUAGAAGGGGUGGAGGCAUAGUAACAUUUGUUAAGAACGGCUUGCACGUUUCAGAAAAAACUGCCCAACUGACUUGUAGUACCGAAGCAUUAUGGCUGACCAUAAGGGCACCGGGCUCUCAAAGUCUCGAUAUCUUGACAGUAUAUCGCCCCCCGAGAAAUGACCCUGACGCUGAUGCCCAACUGCUGGAGGAGCUCAGAUUAUUUUCAACGCGGCCGACCACUCUCAUCGUUGGAGAUUUUAAUGCACCUCACAUCGACUGGAGCUCGGCCUCAGCCGACUGCUCUGAAGCAGCAUUCGACCAGCAGCUACUGCGUACCUCCGACAACCUGCUUCUCACACAACACGUAAUGUUUCCAACUAGAGUUCGAGAGGGCCAACAGAUGAACUGCCUCGAUCUUGUGUCCACCAAGUCGUCUGACAACAUCGACGUUGUGAAUUGCCUCCCCCCGUUGGGUCAGAGUGACCAUGUAGUUCUCAUGUGGGAAUACACGUUAUUCUCCCUUCCUACACAACCGCUCGAUUCCCGACCUAAUAUUUGGCGCGGCGAUUUCGAAAAGAUGAAAAAGGAUCUUAGUCCUAUCGACUGGGCAUCCACUCUCUCCGGCGAUGUCGAAGAGGCUUGGUGUCAGUUCAAAGAGUUAGUCCACAACCUCAUCUCCAACCACUGCCCAAUCAUGCGCAAAAGACUAACAAAUAGACCUCGCUGGUUGACUCCGUCAUUAAAGAAGGAAGUUAACAAGAAGAGGAAGCUAUGGAAAAGAUCGCUGACGGAUCGCACGCCAGAAUCCCUAAGCAGUUAUAAGUUACAGAGAAAUCGGGUCAAAAUUCUCAUCGCCAGAGAUAGGAAAGCUUUUGAAAGGAAUCUUUUGAACCGUGCCAUGAUUAAUCCAAAAAUCCUUUACAGCUACAUAAGACAGAGCACACGGAACAAAGAUCCUGUCCCACUGCUGCGAACGGCUGAGGGUGUGGAAAUCUCCGAUGACAAGGAUAAGGCUGAACAUCUCUCUCAGUUCUUCCGGUCUGUCGUGACAAGUGAACCUGCUUUUUCCUCACCCGCUUAUGAAGACGAUGAAACGCCUACCCUCGAAGCCGUCUUCUUCACCGAAACAAUUGUUCGGAAUGAGUUACUAAACCUAAAAGAAUCGACCUUCCCAGGCCCUGAUGCAAUCCCGGCCAAGCUGCUGAAGGAACUAGCUUCCGAAAUGUCCAAGCCGUUAGCCUUGAUCUUUCAAACUUCAUUUGUUACUGGAUGCCUGCCCUCUGACUGGAAGUCCGCUACCAUCACUCCGCUUUUUAAGGGUGGAAGUCGUGCGUCUGCGAAUAACUACAGGCCAGUGAGUCUUACCUCCAUCUGUUGCAAAAUCAUGGAGAAGAUCAUUAAGAAGGCCUUGGUGCAGUUCCUCGAACAGCACCAUCUCCUUUCUGAUGCCCAACACGGCUUUCGAAGUGGUAGGUCCUGCCUCACGAAUCUGCUCUUUACGCUCGAACGCUGGACCAAAGCACUUGAUGAAGGCAAGGUGGUGCACGCCAUCUACAUCGACUUCAAAAAGGCUUUCGACAGCGUUCCUCAUCAACGUCUCUUGUACAAACUGCGGAACGCUGGAAUUCGUGGACGCCUUCUUGUAUGGAUCCAGAGCUUUUUGGCUGGACGGUCCCAGAGAGUGCAGGUCGGGCGUCAACAGUCCUCAGAUGUAAGCGUGGUGAGUGGCGUCCCACAGGGCUCAGUCUUAGGUCCCACGUUAUUCCUCGUUUUCGUAAAUGACUGCGUCAAGGACCUAGACUGUGAUGCCAUCCUGUUUGCCGACGACAUAAAAUUGUGGAAAGUUAUUCACGAUGCGGCAGACGCAGACCACCUGCAAGCAAACUUGAACAGGCUCGAAGACUGGUCGAAGCGCUGGCUUAUGCCCGUCAAUAUAAGCAAGUGUAACUUUCUUCAACUCGGCGGCUUCAGAGCCCCCAGCCCCAGGACCUACUUUCUAAACGGCACACCACUGCAACAGGUUGACAGUCAGAAGGACCUGGGUGUAUGGAUUACAUCUUCACUCAAACCAACACUGCACUGCGCGAAGGCGGCUAAAUCGGCUACGGCCACAUUGCAAAUCAUUAGGCGAGCAUUUAUGGGUUUUGACCCUGAAUGCUUUUCCAAAAUAUUUGGCACCUUCGUGCGACCUCAUCUAGAAUACGCCAUACAGGCGUGGAGACCCUGGACUGCCAAGGAUUAUACCGUCUUGGAGAAGGUCCAGAGACGGGCGACCAAAAUGACACAAGGCCUGGGAGCACUGCCCUAUGAAACCAGACUGUCAAUCCUAAACCUGUUUCCCCUUUCCUACAGGCAAUUACGUGGUGACCUUAUACUAACAUUUCGCAUCAUCAACGGUCUAGACUGUUGUUUAGAUCCCACUGAUUAUUUCACCCAAGCUAACACGCCCAAUUUGCGCGGUCAUCCCUUAAAACUACGCGCAGGGAAAUCAAGAACCAAUGGACGAAAGUCCUUUUUCAGUAACAGAGUGGUUGCAGCCUGGAAUUCCCUACCUACCGAUGUUGUAACCUCCUCCUGUGUGAACUCCUUCAAGUGUAGACUUGACCUGCAUCAAUUACCACCCCCACAUCCACUCACAUAA